AUGGCACCACUUCAGAUCGGUAUCGUCCUCUACGACUUCCAGCUCCUCGACGUCGCUGGCCCAGUCGACCUCCUCAUCUCCGGAUCCAAAGCCAUGCUAAGCACCAUUAACCGCGAUGGAUUCGUCCCAGACGACAUGGUAGACCAGGGCAUUGAUAUCAACUUCCACUAUAUCGCCCCGACAAUGGACACCGUGAUUACCCUCAUGAGCGGCUUCAAGCUGCAACCAACCACCACCUUCGAUGAAUGUCCCAAGCUCGACGCAAUCCUCCUGGGAGGCCCUGGCCCCGAUUUCUGGAACAACAUCCCCGACUCUUACCGCGAAUUCCUGCACCGCAAGGUGGACGAGGUCCAGUAUUUCUUCACCACCUGCACGGGUGCGAUUGUGGCCGCCAAGGCUGGCUUGCUCCGCGGUAAGCGCGCAACAACCAAUAGCGAAUUCCUUGAGUACAUCAAACCGGAAUGUCCCGACACUACCUGGGAAACGGCUCGUUGGGUAAUCGAUGGCAAGUUCUGGACUGCGGGUGGUGCCUUUGCGGGAAUUGAUAUGUUCGAGCACUGGCUUGAGGGGAGGAGGAGUGAUGCGGUGGUUACCUUGUCUCGCUCUAGUCUUGCGUACCAGCCCAGGGAUAUCAAUGGUAAGGAGAUUCGUGAGUUGGGGCCAAGCUGGGUGGUCGGGAGAAAUUAGAUUGCUUGUGGACUUUAAAUGACCGGUUGAUGUUUGUGAAUG